UAAUUUUAUUAGUUAAUUAUUAUACGUGUGCUUUAUUUUGAAGCCCCUCAGGCUCUUAAAGUGUGAAAUCACCCGACGGUUUGUCUCCGGCUUCGCGUGCCUGUGACGUCAUCGCAAUGGCCCGGAAUUUCCUCCUCGUUGAAUCUGGCGCAUGCGCACAUCGAAAAAGAAUGCGGAUAUCGCAGCUCUCUCAAUUUUAAAUUGUUUGAUGGCCAUACUUUAAUAAAUCAUGUCGAAAGCGCCGUCUCAGCCCGGUUCUUCUGGUGCCGCGGCCAGCCUCGGACCUUCAUCCUCCUCCUCGUGCUCAUCUCCCUCGGCAGGCGGCACGACGUCCCCCGCUAACGUGCUGCAAGCGCAGCCCGAGAAACCCCAGCACUACACAUAUCUCAAAGAGUUUAGAACAGAACAAUGUCCACUGUUUGUGCAACACAAGUGCACCCAGCACCGUCCCUUCACCUGUUUCCACUGGCACUUCCUGAACCAGAGACGACGGAGGCCGAUUCGCCGACGAGACGGGACCUUUAAUUACAACCCUGACGUGUAUUGCGUUAAAUACGAUGAGGGUACAGGGACGUGCCCGGAUGGAGAUGAGUGUCCGUUUCUUCACCGGACAGCAGGAGACACAGAGCGUCGCUAUCACCUGCGAUACUACAAGACUGGCUCCUGUAUCCAUGAGACUGAUGGAAAAGGUCACUGCAGUAAAAACGGACCUCACUGUGCCUUUGCUCACGGCUCGCACGACCUCCGUAGCCCCGUUUAUGACAUCAGAGAAGUUCAGGUCUUAGAAGCUCAAGCUGCCACAGGAUUGGUGGAGGGGCCAUCUGGAGAUGGGCAGUCAGGGGUUGUGGCGAGCACAGCGCUCAUAGAAAAGAUUUUGAGUGAAGACCCACGAUGGCAAGAUAACGGUUUUGUCCUCUCUCACUACAAGACUGAGCUUUGCAAAAAACCUCCCCGGCUGUGCCGUCAGGGCUAUGCGUGUCCUUACUAUCACAACAGCAAAGACCGCAGACGCAGUCCACAUAAACACAAAUACAGAGCCCUUCCGUGUCCUGCGGUAAAACACAGUGAUGAGUGGGGUGAUCCCAGUAAAUGUGACACUGGAGAAGGAUGCCAGUAUUGCCACACGCGAACAGAACAGCAGUUUCACCCUGAGAUCUACAAGUCUACUAAAUGCAAUGACAUUCAGCAGAGUGGUAACUGUCCCAGAGGGCCGUUCUGCGCUUUUGCACAUUUAGAAAAAGUGUGUGUUAGUGAGGAACAUUUGGCUCUACAGUCCAGUUCACCUCCUCUUACAGCAUUAGAAGACUAUAGUCAAUGUGGACACAGUGCCACCACAGAGGAGGGACUGCUGGGAAGAGGUCUGCUGGGGGAGUCCUCCAGUAUUGAUGUAAACCCUGGAGGAGAGGGAGCUUAUGGAAAAGCUCCUGGGUUUGAAAGGGAAGACCAGGCCAAAUAUAGAAGUUUUGGAAUGGAGCAGCGCAGUAGAGAAAUCUCCAUGCAUAGUAAACAGGAUAUGUUAGUAUUUCUGCCCGUUGGCAGUCCUCUCAGUAUAUCCUCCAGUAUACCCUCCAGCCUGGCAGCCACCCCACCCAGCCCGGCACCCCCUGGACCCUCGCCGGGCAUGAACGCCAACGCCCUGCCUUUCUACCCAACAAGUGACACGGUGGAGUCUGUAGUGGAAUCUGCAUUAGAUGAUCUAGAUCUGAAUGAUUUCGGAGUCUCAGCUCUUGAGAAAAGUCUGGAGAGCUCAUCUUUGCCCAGCAUGGGUCUCAUGUUGGGAGGCAGUCAAUUACAGAGUUCUGCACCUGUCAAUAUCCCUGGCUCCCUAAGUAGCUCCUCCCCUUUUAGGUCACCCUCACCUUCUCCACCAAUCAGAGCUCACCACUCUUCAUUCCUGUCUGCACAACGUCCACAACCCAGCCAUUCAGAGAGUAGCUUUUUGGGGACCUCACAUGGUUCUUUAGGUUUAAAUGGUAUGAACAGCAGUAUUUGGGAACAUUUUCCCACAGGCCAGAGUUCUCCAGGUACUCCCCCUGCCCUGCUCUCAUCGGGCGGCAUGUAUGCAGAGGCGUCGCGUCUCAAACAGGAAGUGGAAGACGCACACAGGAUGCUGAAACACUGGGACCACAGCUGGAGACAGAUGGCCCAGUCCUGGGCAGUCUUAAAAGCUGAUGCGGAGGAGGCGCGUCUCCAUGCAGGCCAGCUGAGUAGGGAGGCGGAGCGGGCGCGGCAAGCUGAAGAGGAGGCACAGCAACAUGCUGCUGUCCUGGAGGAGGCGCUAGAGAGCCUACGGCACGCAGAAAACCCACACCUGCAGUUACAUCAGCUACAGUUACUGCACAGACUGCCACUCAGCUCCAUCUGCAGCCUGCAGGCACAAAUCUGCACCUGCUUACGGACUGUAGAGCAGGUCGUGUUCAGGAAGCAGAGAUUAAAUUGUAUAUCUUGCGAUGAGAUGGGUUCAGUGCCAUUGCCAUGUCAACACGGCCUGCAUUGUGAUCGAUGUGCAGCCUCGACAGAAUGCCCGCUGUGCACGGACCACCAGCAGAACCUGAACAUCCCACAGUCAUAAACUAAAACUUAACCCCCUAAUCUAUUAUAAUCCACAUGAUAUAGACAUACAGAAGAUUUUCCACUUUUAUUCAGAUAUUAACCUGAUUUAAUCUCAAGAUAACAUAAAACGAGGGCUACAUUUA